AUGCUCAAAUCGCUGUCUUUGGCGACGUACGAUGCAGAAUCGAUCGAAGACGUCGAGACAACAGCCCAAAUUGACCUCGUGCUCGAAAUGACUGCAACUUUCGACGCUGAAGGGUUCCAAUUGCCGUCCAAAGUGACGAGAAAAGAAGUGCAGCGUGCUCUUGAAUCGUGUGAUGGAGACGUGUCGCGUGCAGUGGACGAAGUGCUGAGUCUCGUGGCCAUCAAGACGCUGAGUCAGCAGGACCAACAGACACUUCAAGAGCGACAACAACGUCAACAAGAGCACGCCAAGCUGCAACUCAGCGAGCUCUGUAGUGGCCUGGGACUAGACGAGAACAGUUCCUUCGUUGCCGCUCUACAGCAGCUGCCCGAGAGCGAACGAGACGACCUUCUAGCCACGAAUGGAGUCUUCGUGCAGCAAUUGCUGCUCAGUCUGGAUGAAGAUAGUGAGGAUGAAAGUGGGGAUGAAGAUGUGCAUCCGCUACAGUAUCUGCUAGAGAUGUACCCGGACUACAAGGUGGAGGUGGUGGAGGACGUUCUAGAUAGUCACAAUUACGAUGUGGACAAGGCCGCUGAAGCGCUUCACAACCUUCGCGCAUUGAACCAUGUACAGAGCUACGCUACGGUAGUGAACGCAGACGCCCGUGCGGCAGCACAACUGAGGGAGUUGUAUGUGAAUGGACCCAAGGUAGAUUCCCUUGGACAGUUCCCGGACCUCGGAGUCCCGAGCAAGACGCAGCAAAAGAAGCUGAAAAGGCAGCAGCGUAGACAGCAGAAACUGCAGCAGGCGCCACACCAACGACCACCGCCGAAGCCUUCGCCUCCACCAUUAGCGUACCCCAUGCUGCCGGCGCGUAAACAUUCGUCGAAAGGCAAGACGAAGCCGGCGUAUAAUGCGUGGGACCACCAGGCUGUACCUCAUGACCGCGCGGAGUCAGGUAUCACGACGCAGCUUAAGCUUGAACGGCUUAAGAAACUGCUGCCCAGCAUUGACACUAGUGUCAUUCAGACCACGUUCUUCCUCAAUGGAUGCAGCUCAGAUGCCACAGAGGCAGCACUGCGUGAGAUAUACAACUUGCCGCUGGUCGAGAAGCAUUUGCCUCCGCCGACUGUGACGGAGGAAGUUGAGAUGGCAGCAGCCGCGGCUGAUGCGGAGGAGGUGCUUGCUGCUAAGAACAAUCACCAAUCUCGCCGAAGCGGACGUUCUGAGAACUGGACUCUCGUGUCCAGUAAACACAAGGUCAACGCAGCGAAGGAGAAACUCAGCAACCGCUACUGCGAUGUCCUUGCAUCGUUCAGACGCGGUCAACACGUUCUUGCAGGCGACCGUGUUCGAGAGUUGAGCAAGGCCCGGCGCGAACAUCGAGAGGCUCAACGGCAGUGGGCGCAUGAUUUCUUCCUGGCGCACGAAGAACACGUCAAACACCAGCGACCGAUCGACCUGCACGGCAUGAUUGUGAUGGAGGCUCUUUGGGUAGCUCGCGAAGCGAUCGAGUACUGCCAGGAGCAUCGUAUUCGCCGCUGUCUAUUGAUUUGUGGCGUAGGCCACCACUCCGUCAACGGCAAGCCGCGUAUCUUGACUGCGCUUCAGUUAUCACUGCAGCGGCGCCAAAUCGCGUCCCGGGAGCUCAAUGGCGUGGUGACAGUGUUUCCGCUUCGUUCGACUGAUUCAUGCUAG